CCUCUAUGGUGCUUUACUGCAGCGUAGCUGAGGCCGCAUGUUGUUCAGUUCUACUCGCGCAUCCUCACCACUGUCCUCCUCCAGCCUCGAGCCCCGGGUCAUUAAAGCGGGAGAUAAACAUGCCGAAGAAAUCUAAAGAAGUGGCGGAGUGGGAGGGAGACGAGGAGCCGCAGACAGAUAAACCUGUCAAGAAGGGAAAGAAGGAUAAGAAGGGGAAGAAAAGCUUCUUCGAUGAGCUUGCUGCUGAUAGCAAACAAGAGAAGACUGAGGAGCCUGCACCAGUAAAAGAGACACAAGGAAAGCAGCCUCAAAAGAAAAAGAAAGAUAGAAGAAAAGGCCGAGGUGCAGAUGAGGAUGAGGAUGAUGAAGAGGUCAUGCAGAAACUCAAGAAGCUGUCUGUCCAGGCCAGUGAUGAGGAUGAGGAGGUGGAAGAGGUGGUAGCACCUGUCAAAUCUGGAAAGAAAAACAAGGGUGGCAACAUAUUUGCUGCUCUUAGUCAGGGUCAGAGCGAUGAAGAUGAAGAAGAUGGCGGUGACGAUGAUGAUGAGGAGGAGGAUGAUAAACCUAAGAGUAAGAAGAGCUCUAAGGAGGUUGAAAAAUUUUCCAAAGGAAAGAAAAAAGAUAAGGCUAAGAAACCUAAGGAGGCUUCUGAAGAUGAGCAAGAGGAGAAAAAAGAUGAAGAUGAGAAGAGCAUGAAGAAGAAUAAGAAGGCUGACAGCAAAGCACCUAAGGAUGAGGAGAAGGAUGAAAAGCCCCAGAAGAAAGGCAAGAAAGAGCAACCAAAGAGAGGCAAGCCUGCUCAUGCACCUAGUGAUGAUGAAGAUAACAAUGAGGAUGAAGAGGGAGAGAAGAGUGAUGAAAAUGACACAAUGAUGAGUGCAGAGGAUGUUAUUGCUGCAGAGCAGAGCAAAGAAAAGGAGGACCCAUUUGCCAACAUGAGCAAAAAGGAGAAAAAGAAGAAAAAGAAGAUGAUGGAGUAUGAGCGCCAGGUCGCCAGUGUUCGUGCUCAAAACGCUGCAGAGGAAGACUUCUCUGUUUCUCAGGCUGAGUUGUCUUCAAGACAGGCCAUGCUGGAGAACGCCUCAGAUAUUAAGCUGGAGAGAUUCAGCAUCUCUGCUCAUGGAAAGGAGCUGUUUGUCAAUGCUGAUCUUCUGAUUGUGGCUGGACGCCGGUAUGGUCUGGUUGGACCAAAUGGGAAAGGAAAGACCACUCUAUUGAAGCACAUUUCCAACAGGGCCCUCAGCAUUCCUCCCAAUAUUGAUGUGCUGCUUUGUGAACAAGAGGUGAUUGCUGAUGACACUCCGGCUGUUCAGGCUGUGCUGAAGGCUGACACACGGCGGUUGAAGCUUCUGGAGGAGGAGAAGCAGCUGCAAAAUCGCCUGGAAAAGGGCGAAGACGGCGUCUCUGAGAGACUGGAGAAGGUAUAUGAGGAGUUGAGGGCAAUCGGAGCAGCUGCAGCAGAGGCCAAGGCUCGCAGGAUCCUAGCUGGUUUGUCCUUCACCCCAGAGAUGCAGAACAGACCCACUAAAAAGUUUUCUGGUGGCUGGAGAAUGAGAGUGUCACUAGCCAGGGCUCUCUUCAUGGAACCCACUCUUUUGAUGUUGGAUGAACCAACGAACCACCUGGACCUGAAUGCUGUCAUCUGGCUUAACAACUACCUGCAAGGCUGGAAGAAGACUCUUCUGAUUGUGUCUCACGACCAGAGUUUCUUAGAUGAUGUCUGUACAGAUAUUAUUCACUUGGACAACCAGAAACUCUACUAUUACAGGGGCAAUUACUUGACCUUUAAGAAGAUGUAUGUGCAGAAACAGAAGGAGCUUCUGAAACAGUAUGAGAAACAAGAGAAGAAGCUCAAAGACCUGAAGGCAGGAGGAAAAUCCACAAAACAAGCGGAGAAACAAACAAAGGAGGCAUUGACCAGGAAGCAGCAAAAGGGCAAGAAAAAGGGACAGGAAGAGGAGAGUCAUGAGGCACCAGAGCUUUUGAAGAGGCCUAAAGAAUACACAGUGAAGUUCACCUUCCCCAAUCCACCACCCCUCUCUCCACCCAUUCUCGGCCUGCACAGUGUGGACUUUGGUUACGAAGGUCAGAAACCUCUGUUCAAAAAUGUGGACUUUGGAAUUGACAUGGAGUCUCGAAUUUGUAUAGUUGGACCAAAUGGUGUUGGAAAAAGUACACUCCUACUGCUCCUGACAGGAAAGCUAACCCCAACAAAAGGCGAGAUGAGAAAGAAUCAUCGUUUGAAAGUAGGCUUCUUCAACCAGCAGUAUGCAGAUCAGCUGAUCAUGGAAGAAGCUCCCACAGAGUAUCUGCAGAGGAACUUCAACCUUCCCUACCAGGACAGCAGGAAGUGUCUCGGGCGCUUUGGCUUGGAGAGUCAUGCACACACUAUUCAGAUUUCCAAACUCUCUGGUGGUCAGAAAGCAAGAGUGGUAUUUGCUGAACUCUCCUGCCGGCAACCUGAUGUCCUCAUUUUGGAUGAGCCCACCAAUAACCUGGACAUAGAGUCCAUUGACGCCCUGUCAGAAGCCAUUAAUGAAUACAAAGGAGCUGUGAUCAUUGUGAGCCACGAUGCCAGACUGAUUACUGAGACACAGUGUCAUCUGUGGGUGGUGGAGGACCAGACAGUUAACCAGAUUGAUGGAGACUUUGAAGACUACAAGAGAGAAGUGCUGGAGGCCCUUGGAGAAACAUUGGCCAUCAAACCUAAAGAGUAACCAGAAAACAAAGUUCCCAUCAACACCCACAAACUUCAUUACUAGAGGGUGUGGGUUUUGUUUUUGGGGCAUCCUGUAUACACAAAGUUGCCAACUAAAAAAAAAAAAGCAGUUUUUUUUUUUUAAACCUAUUUGCAAAAAAAACAACUACUUUACAGUCUGACAUCAUGUACCGGUAAUCAAAAUGCAGGCCUCUUUAUAACCAGACAUGUGUUCUUGCAGUGUGAUGCAGUGCCACAGGACUUGAUCUGUAGCACAGGACUUUGUAAACCUCUAGAUCAUUUUUAAAAAUGAGUUUAGUGGACAGAAAGUUGUUUCCUUGGCUGUAUUGUCUAACCAUCAGUUCCAUUACUAGCACUAUUUAACUUGAGCACUUUUAAUGAAAAGUGACUUGUUAAAUGCUGAUUUAAAAUCCAGGUUUGUAGUGAUUUCCAGCUUUUACAUGAUGCUAUUGCUGACCCAGAAACUAGUAUUUUGUUUUCUCUUCAAAUUUGUGGAGUAACUGCAGUACUCUUGUUUUGGUCAGGCUUGUAUGUAGGAAAACACUUCAUCACCAACAAAUAGAAACUACAUUCAAUGAAAUAUUAAAGAUGCAUAUGAAUCUUGACUUGAAAUAAGAGAAUAAAUUAAUUUUGCAGUAAA